AUAAAUCCCAAGGCGCUACUUAUCCCAAGGUGGUUGUCCAUAUGGGUAAUCGUAACAAUGGUGGAGCUGGCCGGAGCAGUCGCAGCCUUACAAGAUCUCUCAUGUAUGUUGCCUUCUCUAGAGCAGUGUCAGCUAGUGGCCUCUACCUUAUCGGCGACUUCAGAGAACCCUCACCGCCUGACAGAAAUUCAUCUUUGCAGAGGGAAUAUGCACGACAGCAGCAGUGUCAGCUACUACCCGUAUUUCGGUUUCUACGUGAGCCUCGUCAGUGUCAACAGCUGCUCUUUCACAAUGUUCAGAGCCUUCGCGCACAUCUCCAAUUGGUUACUAGCGACAAGGUUUACAUGCAUAGCGACUUGCUACUCUUUGCAGAAACUUGGCUGUGUGAGGACCAGUCAUGUGAGAUACCAGGCUUCACUAUGGUUGCUUCGGCUAGUAGAGGAUCACAUGGUUCAUCUGCUGUAGGUGCUUGUUGUUACGUGUCAGAACGUCUCCAGUCAUUAGUCCAUGGUGUAAUGGCCGGGAUCCAGCGAUUCGGCCGCCAGUCAGUAAGUGUUGCAGCAGCAACAAUCAGGGGGACACGCUUCAUCUCUAUGUAUGCAUCACCUGGCACACGCGUGGAGCAGAUCACCAGCACAAUUGCACCAUACUUCAGCGAGACUUCCAUGCACUAUGUUCUUGCUUGUGACAUCAAUAUCGACUUGCGCAAAAAUGGAGAGCAGCAGAGGCAGAUCCAGGCAUUGCUUAAUAACUACAACCUGCGAAUGACCACUCCAAGCGACAGCUAUUCUACUCGCGCUGGCACCAGAAUCGAUUACAUAUUUACAACCUUGUCGAAUACAGAGGCAGGUGCAUACACCACGGUCUCAAAAAGUUUCCACUAUCCGCUCUGGCUUCGCUUUAACUUCUGCGACGAGGUUUUAUUGUCUUAGAUGUUUAAAUAAUAAAUAUUAGCCUACUUAUAAAGGUAAGAAGAAUAUCUAAAGCAGAAAGUGGAAGGUAAUUGGGACUGAAGAAACAUACAUACGAAACGUAG